AGUGGGAGGAGCCGCGGGUUUCGCGCUCAAAGCACCUGUCAUUUCGCGCCGGGUUUCUCCCUCAGAACAGUGUCCGGAGGCCCGUGAAUGCUCUCCGCCGAUGAAGCGCACAGACGCGGCUCUCAGGGAACGGCCGGAGGACUGGCGGCUCCCCGGGCUGGAGGAGCAGGAUCACCGGGAGCUGACAGCCGCUGGAGGAGCCGCACAGAGCCACAGGACAGAGCAGGACACACCGCUGCCGGACACCGGAGACUCCAGCCCGGACUGGAGCAUCAGGCUGGUGGAUGCAGCUCAGGGCAGUAACAGCAGGACCGCAGCGCUCUGCAGAGCAGCAGCACAGCUGCUGUGUGAGUGUGCUCCUGCUGCUGCAGUGCUGUGGGCUCCUGUGGCCCCUGUGCCGGAGAGUCUCCUGGGCUCCGCAGAGCUGCUCUUCAGGGUGUGUGUGCCGUGGCUGCUGGAGCCUCUACUGUACCGCAGCCAGUUGCAGUGCCGGGUGCAGGAGCUGGUGGAGGCCGUUCUGCUGACUCUGGAUCAGUCCGCCGCUGACGCUCCGCUAUACCUGGUCAAACUCUGCCAAUCGGAUCAGUUCCUCAGAAGUGAUGAAGUAUUAGGAUAUCACCAAUGCAUCCAGGCGUAUCAGAGGUGUUCUGCUGAUGUUCCUGUGCGUUUGGUGCUCAGAGACUCCAUUGGGAAAUCCCUCAGUCCAGACGAGGAAGACCACAAGCAGAGCUUUCAUUACAGUCAGGUGCUGCAGUCUGCCUUCAACAACAUCAGAUGGAGUCUGCAGGGGAAACUGGACAUCUACAGCAGUGCAGUGACCCAGCUGAUGAGAAACCCGACAGGUGAGGGUGUGUGUGCGCUGCUGGACAGUGCUGCAGGUGUGUGUGCUCAGCUGUGUGUCUCUACAGUGGAGAUGGAGGAAGCUGUCGGCGGGCUGAAGAGCUUCACUAAACCGAUUCCAGAACACAGGUGUGACCUUCAGACAGCUGUAGUGGCGCUCCACCACUCUCUCCUGAAGCUGCUCCAGAUUUUCUUCAGGAGUUUCGAUCUGGACUUCAGUGUUUGGGAAACACACACACACACACACUCGCACGCGCCGCCGUCAGACGUGCAGAAUCACCGAGGCGUUCUGCAGCUCAGCCUGACGAGUCUAUACACACUGCAGCCCGGCUGGAGGAACGGGUAUGAUCACCUCCGCAUGAGUGUGUCUGUCACACACAGUGGCAGGAAUCUGGCUGAACCGGUGCAGCUGGAGAACAUCAGCACAUCUCUGCAGCUCCACAGCUGGAUUCACUGCAACCGCCUGCUGGUGUUUCCUCUGGCCGUCAGAGAUCUGCCGUAUGAGUCUGUGCUGUGUUUCUCUCUGCUGGGCUGUAAAGCGGGCCGCUGUGCUGAUCCGCUGUGCUGGGCUGUUCUUCCUCUCUUCAGUGACGGGACUCUGGCUCACGGGACGCUCCUGCUGAGCAUGAACACACAGGAGACCAGCGGCGGUCCUACAUCUGCAGCUCUGAGCGACACACACCGACAGCCCAACGGAGUCAUACUGCAGGUGGAUUUCCCAGACUCUGAGCUGUGGCGAUAUGAGCGAGUGUCAGCUGACCCCAGAUCAGUCCAGCAGUGGUCAGUGUGUGAGGAGCUGCAGAGCAGAAUCAAAGCUGUGUGUCAGAAACACUGCGUCUCACUGAUGUCGGAGAACGAGAAGGCCUUCCUGUGGAGCAAACGUCAGUCCUGCAGCUCCAGAAACGCUCUCCUGCAUCUGCUGCUGGGCAGUGCGCCGCUCUGGGCUCCCCGGGACCUGCCGGAGCUGUACGCUGUGCUGGAGCGCUGGGGGCCCAUCAGCCAUGCCGAGGCCCUGUUCCUGAUCAGCCACCAGUUUCAUGAUCAGCGUGUGCGUUCAGCAGCAGUGCAGUGUUUCCAGCAGAUGAGUGACAGUGAACUGGAGGAGUUUCUGCCUCAGCUGGUGCAGGCUCUGAAGAGUGAGUGGGAGAUCGAUGGGCCGCUGGUGAAGCUUCUGCUGUCCAGAUCCAUGAGCUGCGUCCGCAUCACUCACCAGCUCUACUGGCUGCUGCUGGACGCUCUGCAGGACACACUCUACAGCAGUUUUCUCAGUAAGGUGGUGUGUGUGCUGAAGCACUGCUGCGGGCGCGCUCUGAGGCUGGAGCUGCAGCAGGAGCAGCGGCUGCUGGAUCUGCUCACACUGCUGGCCCAGAGCGUGCGCACUGCCGACAAGACCAAGAGAAAGGAGCUGCUGAUGAGGGAGCGCUGGAAGCUGGUGAGUUUCUUUGCAGAUGGGGUGAGCUGCAGACUCCCGCUGGACCCGGCGCUGCUGCUCAGAGGAGUCAACACUGAGGCUUUUAAGGUCUUUAACUCCAACGCAGCACCCAUUGAAGUGUCCUUCAUCACUGCAGACCCGCUGGGCCAGAACUACAGCGUCAUCUGCAAAACAGGAGAUAACCUGCGUCAGGACAUGCUGGUGCUGCAGAUUGUGCGUGUUCUGGACCGCAUGUGGAAGCAGGAGGGUCUGGAUAUGCGGAUGGUCACCUACAGAUGCAUCUCCACUGGACCAGACCGAGGUCUAGUGGAGGUGGUUGGGGAUGCCGUGACUCUGGCUCAGAUUCAUCAGGAGUGGGGUUUAUCUGGAGCUCUGAGAGAAGACACCUUGGAGAAAUGGUUUCAUAUGAGGAACAAGACUAAAGAAGACUACGAGAAGGCUGUGAUGAACUUCCUCCACUCGUGUGCCGGCUGGUGCGUCGCCACCUUCGUCCUGGGCAUCUGCGACCGCCACAACGACAACAUCAUGCUCACACACAGCGGACACAUGUUCCACAUCGACUUCGGGAAGAUCAUGGGCAACGCACAGAAGUUCGGGAGCAUCAAGAGAGACCGAACGCCGUUCAUCUUCACACCGGAGAUGCAGCGCUUCAUCACCGGUGGCGGAGAGAACCCACAGCGCUUCCAUCGCUUCGUGGAGCUGUGCUGCGACGCUUACAACCGCCUGCGCAGACGCACCGCACUGCUGCUCGCGUUACUGCAGCCGAUGCUGAGCGCUGGAAUGCCGGAAAUGAAGGACGUCCAGGACUUACAGUACGUCCACAAUAACCUGCGGCCUGAAGACUCUGAGCUGGAGGCCACGUCAUACUUCACCAGGAAAAUUAAGGAGAGCAUGGAGAGUUUGCCGGUCAAACUGAACUUCCUGAUCCACAAUAUGGUUCAGCUUUCCUCCAAGCGUCCAGAAGGGCUUUCUCAGAGCCAGACCUCCUCCAGCAACAACAUCCAGCAGGCUGAGAUCCACAAAUACACCGUCAAGGGCAAAGAUGUGACGUACGAGCUGAAGGUGACCAUUGAGGACGGGUUCGUGAUCAGCCAGAAGAGUUUCUCUCAGCUGGAGUCGCUCCAUAAGCUGCUCCAGAAGCACUUCAUCGAGUCCACACUGCCCAAGUUCCCCAGCUGGUUCAACAUGUCCUUCACUCCGGGCCGGAAGAUGAUCCUGCUCAACAAGUACCUGAAGGAUCUGUUUGAGGGACCCUGUCGAGGGAAUGAGUACGUCUGCAGUCUGUUUCUGGACGGACCCGAUGCUGACCUCAGAUCAGAACCGAAUGCUCAAAUCCGACCACAGAUUCAGCUCUUCCUCUCCUACAGAGACGAGAAGUUAUCAGUGCUGAUAAAGCAUCUGAAGAAUAUUAGGUUGUCUAACGGCUCGUGUCCAGAUGCAUAUGUGGUCACUCGUCUGCGGCCCGACCCGCAUGAGAAGACCAAGAGAAAGACUAAAGCGGUUCGCAACAACGACCAUCCUACAUUCAACGAGCUGAUCGAGUACAGGAACGUGCUGAAGCUCCAUGGUCUGGUGCUGGAAGUGACGGUGAAGAGCAGGAAGGCGUUCGUCGCAGCCACAAACGUGGUUCUGGGAGAGCGGGUUCUAGAGCAGGAGAAGUGGUUCCCGCUCGGCUUCUCUGAGGUCUGAAGAUCAGCUGCAGAUCUGCACUAAUGCACCGCGCUGACAGAGACUGACAGAGAUGAUCAUUUCCAUCUCUUGACAAGGAAGAUUUGAUGAAAAAUGUCAGAAACCGGUAACCAUUGACUCCCAUAGUAUUUGUCUUUCCUCCUGUGGAAGUCAAUGGUUACAGGAUUCCAGCUUUCUGCAGAAUAUCUUCUGUUGUGUUCAAGAGAAAUGGAGCACUUGAGGGAGAGUAAAUACUGUGGUCAUUGUCAUGUUCAGGUGAACUUCACCUCUAACAGGAGUCAGGAAUGAAGGACGCUGCACACGCUGAUGAUGGACAUCUGGUUUCUUCUCACUGAUGUUCGUUUUGUUCAUCAGGAGAAUAAAGACACUUCAGCUGUUUUCUGCCUGCAUUAUUUUAGGAGACCGCAUAAAUGCUGAAAGGAGACAUGAAGAUGCGCAGAUAUUGAACAAACAUGCACUCCACUGAGUCUGAUGCUAUUUUAGCGAAUUAAAUGUCCACUUGAAGAAUGUUUUUAGAGCAGUUUCUUCAUCUGUAUUGUGACACGACUCUACACUGUUUAAACACACACGACGGCGACUGCUCACAUGUGUCGUCACAUAUAAACACAGCUACUACAGUACAGGAGUUGUAUUAUUAAUAAAGCAGAUAUCCCAGGAGGUGAGGGUUUCAUUCACUUGAA